UUCUAAGACAAACUAAAUUGAUUUAUCUAACAAUUAUUUGCAAAACGAUUCUAUUCGGUUGACACGCGCUGUAGUCUAAGUUCGACACAAGCAUGCAUUCCAUGCACUACCUCAACACAAUUAGAGAACUCAGCUUGAUGAUAUAAAAGUAUUGGAAACUAUUUGGUAGAUUCUCGACACGUGACUCUGAGGGUAUAUCAAUUUAAUAAAUUCAAAACUAUAACUGAGUAAAUACAAGGUUUCGCAAUCGAACGCGAACUUUGAAUACGCUUCUGCAGUUGCUUCAUAGAAGUAAAUAUCAGGCAAUAAAUUGCAUAAAUGUUGUUAAGAAUAGAGUCAAAGAAGAAAAGAGUUUCGCCAAGUGUCGUAAAUGCAAUCAAACUACUUGAACUUUGGCUGUAAACCGCACAAUGGCCGCGAUUUCGUCCUUCCGGUGUGCCACGUUGCAGGUGUCGCAAAGUAACCGAUCAAAAGUCAUAAACUCGAAAGGCUUCGCGUGCCGGCAGUGCUCAAGUAAUUUCCCCAGACUGGGGCGCGUUCAUAUGCCAACACUCUGCCUGACUAGGCUUCGGCUUCGGCCUGGGUCUGGGCCUGGCGAUGACACCCACGUCUCCACGUCGCCGUUGUUGCAAUUGGAGCGCUGCCUUUGGGUUUAUGAUAAGCGACACGCAAAGCGGAAGGCCAACAAAAAACGUUUGGCGAAAAACCAACAAAGUCGCCGACAAAAACUUUUCUGUUUUUUUUUCUUUUUUUUUUUGAUGAUGUGUGGAUGCCCGGGGAGGCACCGACAGCGAGUUGAGAGUUAAGGCACAUGCCCAGGAACAGGAACAGGCAGAGGCACAUGCAUAGACAUAGGCACAGGCCGAAGCUCCUCGUGUCAGCAUGUCAGUGCCGAUGUCGUCGUCAUUGUUGUUGACGUCGCUCGGUCGUCCUGUCAGUGUGCAGAUAGCAGUGCAAGGCAUUUGUUUUCCUUUUGCCGGCUGGCCGCGAUUUUCCAAUCAAACGCGUGUGUCGUCUAAGAAAUUGUGAUAUUAACCAAGAUGUCAGGCACUGUAGCGGCGUCCAGUUGGACGUCAAUGAAGACGCGCAUCACUGCGUCUGUACGCACCACCAAUCGGAUGAAUGCCUUGCUCUCGGAGUCCAUGUUAAGUCGCCGCCGUGCGCUGCAAAACGGCGGAGAGGGCGAGGGCCCGGUGGCCGAGGGAGGCGAACGGAAGGAGAAGCCGAAAAAUGAUUGGAAAUUCUUUCACACCAAUUUCAAUAUGGAACGUGCGCACAAAAUCAUCGAAGAUUGCAUUGAGGAGCGUCUGCUGUGGGAUCGCUUUAGCCGCAGCUACGACUCGUGGCGCGCUGUUCAACUGGUCGAGGGUCUGUCGGCGGAGAUACGGGAUCGGGUCAAGAAGCUAAACCACAGACGCCAUCGCAUUGUCUGUCUCUUGUCGCUGGUAGAGAAGCAGAAUCAGGGCAUCUAUCAGAGAAUGUGCCAUCUGAUGGACGAGAAGCGUGAUAAUUUCACUCAGCUUGUUUUCGAACGACCCACGUACUUUAUGAUUGUCGUCUUGUAUCUGGUCUACAAGGAUUAACCGAAAGUGAAAGUUGCGAAAGCUUGCAAGCUUCUAAAGCUUCGAUGUAAAGCUUUUUCCAGCUUAUGCACGAACCAGUUGCAAUUGUUUGUUUUUUGUUUUAUUGUUACUUUUCCGUAGUUAAGACAUGCUCCAUAGACUUAGAGAUUAGUAUAUAAUUUAAAAUGUAGUCGAAUAAUAUUAAAAAAAAAUUUAACUGCUGAACUGAACAACUUGUCAAUUCAAAGGCCCCGGCGAGAUUCGAACUCACGAUCUCCUGUUUACUAGACAGGCGCUUUAACCAACUAAGCCACGGCGCCGUUGUGUUUUCAUCGGGAAAAAUAGUCAAUUUAAGACAAGAGGCCUACAAAAUUGGAGCUGCCUAAAGCUAUCUAUAGCGUAGUACCUGGAAAGUCCAUUGUUUAAAUUAAUAUUUGUUCAAAUGUUUUUGGUUUUGGUU